CAUGACAAUAACAGCUGCCCAAAAGACAGCUAUAGAGGAAGUCAUUGAAAUUAUGGUUGCAACAACUCCAGCUCGAGGAAAACGUCAAUUAUCUGAAUUGUUUAUGGAUCUGGUCGAUAGAUCAGAGUGGCCUGAAUAUUAUGAGGUCAUACCCGAACCCCGAUGUAUCAACGCCAUCAAGUCAAGCGUUGAACGGAACAGAUACAAGGACGCGCUCAACGCUUAUACCGAUCUGUCCCUCGUCUUUUGGAACGCGUUGUUCUACAAUGAACCAGAUAGUCAAAUUGCUACUGAUGCGCAGACUCUCAAGACUGUACUCGAAACUGAAUGGCAGAAGAGAAGCAUUCUUCCCGUGCCCCGACACUCGCCACCUCCCUCAUCUGCUCAAAAGGUCCACGGAACGGGUCCCGCUGCACCGCCGCAGCCCUUUGUUAUGCAGCCUUCUACUUCUACAACAACCAAACUAAGGACAACAGCCCCAACAUCCGCUGUACCUCCAGCUUCCGAAUCACAGACCGCCAAAUCCACUCCUCUAAAGGGACCAGUGGCUACAGAAGAAAGGGUUGGGGAUAGUGAGGCGAUCGGCCGUCAGCUUGAGAAAACUCUCCCAAGAUGGCAAGGCGUUGGUGAACUAGGGAUGUCCGAGGUCAGCAAGGCGAGUAUUCAUGAAUAGACUGCUCAACCGUGGUGAUGUUUAAUCCCCGUUUUUAUACUUACAUACUC